ACGAAAAAAUAUUUUCGAACGAAAUUUUUUCGCUGUGGAAAAUUGACAGUGGAGAUUUGUGACAGUGACAGUGGAGAUUUUCAAUUUUAAAGAAAAUAGCAGUGUUCCACAAAAUACAAAAAAUGUUUAUCGAUUCAGACUCUGAUUCUGAUUUGGAAGAUGCUAUUUUGUUAUAUAGUGCAGUGCUUGCCGAAUCUAUCAAAAAACAAAAAAAGAAAAGGCAAAAUAAAAGCAUUUAUUUGAAGAAGCGACAAAAAAGUGGCAGGUUUGCAAGAGAUUUUCAGGAUUUAAUUAAAGAUCCAAUAAGAUUCUGUGAAAAUUUUCACAUGGACGUGAUAACUUUUCAGCGGAUCCUAUCGAUGGUGACACCUUAUUUGAAGCCCAAGAAAAUGACUCGGCCAACAGAUGGAAUAUCUCCGAAUCAAAAGUUGGCGGCAGUGUUAGAGUACUUCGCUUGCGGAAGUCUGCAAAGGCACAUCGCUUCUGUGCAUAGGAUAAGUAAGCAACAUUUUGGUAAAAUAAUUGAUGAGGUUUCGAUUGCCCUCAUAUCAGCAUUAAAUGAAUACAUUCCACCAUAUGAUGCCAACGUCAUGAUUAAUGCUGCAAAUGACUUCAACUACCAAUGGAAUUUUCCAAAUUGUGUUGGAUCAAUUGAUGGAAAACAUAUUGCCAUUAAAUGUCCUCCCAAAGCUGGUAGUAUGUUUUUCAAUUACAAGGGUUACCAUAGUAUUGUUCUUUUGGCUGUCGCCGAUGCCAAAUAUAAAUUUUCGUACAUUGAUGUCUGAGCUUAUGGAAGCGAAGGAGACGCAGGUGUUUUUUCGAGCAGUAAAUUGGGAAAAGCAAUGGCAAACGAAUCACUUCCAUUUCCACCAGACGCUAAAAUACAUGAUAAACGAUUGCCGUUCUUUUUCGUCGGAGAUGAUGCAUUCCCACUUGGAAAGCGGUUAAUAAAACCAUACGUUCCGAAACGCAAUCAAAUGUUAGAACCAGAUAAAACAAUUUUUAAUUAUCGGGUAA